AUGGAGCCCGCCUCGGCUCCUGAUGACCCUCGGCGGCCCGAGGCGCUACUAGACGCCGGCGAAACCACGCUUAAUAUCGAAGGUCCAGUCGCUGUGGAUGAUUUCGCAAGCGAUGAAAGCAGUCACUUUGGUAGCAGUGACUCGGAUAUCACAUCUCUGUCAUCCAGUAUUCUCGAUUACGAAUACGAAAAUGGCCGACGCUAUCAUAGUAAUCGAGCGGGACUUUACAUGAUGCCAAAUGAUGAAGAGGAACAAGACCGCAUGGACUUGGCCCAUCAUAUCUGGUUGGUGCUAUUAAAGGGAGAGCUGUAUAAAGCGCCCGUCAAAAACCCCCAGAAAAUCUUGGAUCUUGGCACCGGAACUGGCAUUUGGGCCAUUGAUAUAGCAGAAAAAUUCCCAGAAGCUCAGGUAAUCGGGACUGAUAUCAGUGCUAUCCAACCCAGUUGGGUCACUCCCAACUUGGAGUUCCUUGUGGAGGAUUUCGAGGCCGAAUGGCUCUACAAGGAGAACAGUUUCGACUUCAUCCACACACGAAUGAUAUCUGGAUGCGUAAAAGACUGGCCCCGGUUACUGCAACGGGUCUACGAUCAUCUCAAGCCCGGAGCUUACUUUGAGAUCCAGGAGAGUGCUUUGUGGGCCUGGAGCGAUGACGGUACGGUCAAGCUUGACUCCCCCUUCAUUCAGUACCUGCAAGCAUUGGAAGUCGCCUCGCACAAGGCUGGCAGAGAUUUGAACGUCUACUUUAAGCUUCGUGAUUGGCUUAUUACCGCUGGCUUUGAAGAUGUGCAGCAGUUCUCGUAUUUCUUACCCUACGCUCCUUGGCCACAAGAUCCUUAUCUGAAAGACCUGGGGAGAUACAUGCUUGCCAUGACCGAGAAGGCCGUCGAGUCUUAUGGUUUGAGAUUGUUCACCUCGGUUCUUGGUUGGGGUACUGAACCAUCCCAGAUCUUGAAUGCAGCGGUGAGGCAGCAGAUGCGUGACAAGAACAUGCACGCGUAUUGCAAGGAGGUUGUUGUGUACGGGAGAAAACCCUUGAGAUAG